CUCUCUCUCUCGUGUAUCCCCUCCAAUGCGUUUAUUUUCACUUCUUUGAAUGUUGCGUUGUUUUGCUUGACUUGAGACGAUCAGAUUUUAACAAGCUGCCUGACUUCGGUGAACUUCGUGUCGUUUUAAACCAGAUGUUUCGCGGUAAUACGCAGCAGUCCCGCGCGUAACUGCGUCCGCACCGUUUAUCCCUUUAAUCAACACGGAUGUCCAGCUUCAAGUUGAGGAUAUGUACCAGGGCAUAAUGACAAGCAAUCACGGACCCUCUUCUUACGAGGCCGGAUUUCUCCAUAACGCCUCAGCGGGCACUUCUCCGGUUUAUGUUCCCACCACCCGGGUCGUCACCCCCAUGAUUCCUGCGCUGCCCUACCUUCAGACGCCCGGUGCGCCGCAGCAGAGCAGCCCCGCGUCAAGCCACUCUGCCUGGUCACAGCCGGGCGCAGACUCCGUGCCCUCAUACAACCACUCCCCGGUGUCUCCGCGAUUCACUUUCUCCACCAGCCCGCCUCUGUCUUCCGGAGUGGCCACGGCCCGGGAGACGGCAGUUUCUUACACAAGCCCGCUGAACAUCUCUGCUAACGGGAGGGACCACUACGGCGCUCGCGGUCUCAGCGGGUCGUAUCACAGCCCUUAUUCGGCCUACAUGAGCCCUAACGUGGGUGGAACGUGGCCGGCGUCCCCCUUCGAAAGUCCUGUCCUCCACGGUCUCCAAACUGGCGCUCCUCCUGGGACAACACGACACCCAAACAUAGAUUUGUUUGAUGACUUCGCUGAGGGCCGAGAGUGUGUGAACUGCGGGGCGAUGUCCACCCCCCUCUGGAGGCGGGAUGGUACCGGUCACUACCUGUGUAACGCUUGCGGGCUGUACCACAAGAUGAACGGCAUCAACAGACCUCUUAUCAAACCCCAAAGACGGCUGUCUGCCUCGAGGAGGGUGGGCUUGUCCUGCACCAACUGUCACACCACCACCACCACCCUGUGGCGACGAAACGCAGAGGGAGAGCCGGUUUGCAACGCCUGUGGGCUCUACAUGAAGCUCCACGGGGUCCCUCGACCUUUGGCUAUGAAGAAAGAGGGAAUCCAGACUCGCAAACGCAAACCUAAGAACCUCAAUAAAUCCCAAACUGGUUUAGGUUUAAGCAUCCAGGUCCUUUCACAUGUGUACAACAUCUGUACACGUACGAUAACCUCAGCUGUGCCGUACCCUGCAGGGACACCAGGCAAUGACGGGGCUCUAGUUACACCAAGCAGCACUCCCCGCGCCUCCACCACCUCCACCACCACCACCACCAACACGGAGGAGCCACGCCAAAUAAAGACAGAGCCAGAAAAUCACACCUUGUACACACAUCACAGCGCACAUGCACAGAUUUCUGCCCUGCCCGCCUACAUGGCAACUCAGGGAGGCGCCAUUCCUCUCAAGAUGUCCCCUGGGGGACACAGCGGGUCCUCUGGCUCCAAAGCUGAACCCUGGAACAAUCUAAUCCUCGCUUAGAAAAACCUAAAACCAACCAUGUCAAAAACCUACCUAACCACAGAAUACUCAUUAAACUCUCCCGACAGGCUCUGGGAUCAGAUCAUCCCACUGUUUCCUGCCCGCUGUGCAGUGUUAUCAGUGCAGGAAAAGAAACCUGGGAGCAACUACAGAAGAAAUAAGGCCUUACAGUACUGCAAACACACUGUAAACUCAGAGCAUUCAAGGACAUGAAUGGACUUUGUUUUAGAAAUCUGAAAGCAGAGCAGUGACUAGAUUUAGACUAGAGUCACUCAGUAACAUGACGGAAAUGAUCUUUCUGUCCCCUUUCUGCAGAGACAGAGCAGAGAGUCAACUGCUUGACAAAUACUGUAACUUAAUACAAUGAUAAUAACAGUUAUGGUCAUUUGAAAAAGAAAAUCAAAAUCUCUUUUGAUUUGCAUAAUGAUUGUGGAUAUUUUGCCAAAAGAAAAGAUUGAU